CAUGAUUCUAAAGGACCUCUCUGAGGGGUCUGUGCCUGCUGCAGGGAUGGGUGGAAUGUCCAUGCCUGCGGUGAACAGACAGCCAGGGGUGAAGGAGAGGGAGAUAAGAGGGUCCUGUGUCCUGAGCCAGCCUGUUAAGGGACUCACAGGGCUUUCCACACCUCACUGCAGAGUGACCACUGCACGGACAGCCUGAGCGCCCGCUGGGGACCCCUGCCCGUGCCAGCCAAUGGCCCCGCUGCAGGGCCCGGGGAGGGGCUGCGGGCAGGGGAUAAAAGCCCCGGCGGGGCCUGGGCUCAGCUACGGGGUCUGUGUCCUCCUGCAGCCCAGCCCAGCCGCCGCCACCAUGGUGCACUGGUCAGCCGAGGAGAAGCAGCUCAUCGCCAGCAUCUGGGGCAAGGUCAGCGUGGAGGAAUGCGGCGCCGAGGCCCUGGCCAGGCUGCUGAUCGUCUACCCCUGGACCCAGAGGUUCUUCUCUAACUUCGGGAACCUGUCCAGCCCCACGGCCAUCAUCGGCAACCCCAAGGUGCGUGCCCACGGCAAGAAGGUGCUCACCUCCUUCGGGGAAGCCAUCAAGAACCUGGACAACAUCAAGGGCAUCUACUCCAAGCUGUCUGAGCUGCACUGCGACAAGCUGCACGUGGACCCCGAGAACUUCAGGCUCCUGGGUGACAUCCUGAUCAUCGUCCUGGCCGCGCACUUCACCAAGGACUUCACCCCUGCCUGCCAGGCUGCGUGGCAGAAGCUGGUCGGGGUGGUGGCCCAUGCCCUGGCCCACAAGUACCACUAAAGCCUCGGGAGGCAGCUGUGUCUGUAACAGGCAAUAAAAACCACAUUUUCUGGAA